CAAGAACCGACUAUAGCAUAAAAAAAGCAACAAUAUAAUAGAGCGCAUGUACCCGCGCGUGUGCGUCCAAUCAAAGGCUCGUGCAGCUGUCCACCGCUCAGGUGCUGAAGGCAGACACUGUCACUCCGCACAGCAAACAAAAACAUACUGGACAAGACUGAGCAGUGCUCUCUUAAAAAGUUUUUUUUUCAGUGUUGUGUUUGAAAUAAGAUGAACAACUCUUUGUACCGAUGUCUAGAAGUUAAGCAGGACGACAACCUUUUUUAGCAGACAACAGUCUGUGAUGGACGUGCGCUUUGGACAGGUGCCGCUCACCCUUACGCACAGGCACGGCGGGGUGAACCAGCUCGGCGGUGUCUUCAUUAACGGGCGCCCGUUACCGCACGUGGUGAGACAGCGCAUCGUGGAGCUCGCUCAACAGGGCGUGCGUCCCUGCCAGAUCUCCCGCCGCCUGCGCGUCAGUCACGGCUGUGUCAGCAAAAUACUGGCCAGGUACAAUGAGACAGGAAGCAUCAGACCAGGAUUGAUUGGAGGCUCUAAGCCCAAAGUGGCCACUCCCAGAGUUGUGCAAAUGAUCCUGCACCUGAAACACACCAACCCCAACAUAUUCGCCUGGGAGAUCCGAGACAGGCUGUUGCUGGAGCAAGUGUGUGACCAUGACAGCGUGCCCAGCAUCAGCUCCAUCAACAGGAUCAUCAGAAACAAAGUCCAGUCUGAGUCGUGUGAAGUUGUAUCAUCAGCGUCAUCUGCCAUGAGAACAGCCUCUUCCUCAGAGUCCACCUAUUCCAUCAGUGGAAUUCUAGGCAUCAGGAAAUGCAGCAGCAAACAUAAGGAAGGAAGGGACAUCUCCUGUAGCUUCCACCACGACCAGCCAUGUUCCUGUAAUGACUCCUGGGGAUGUUCUGACCCCUGCCUGACCUCCAUAUCCAGCUCGACCUUUUACCCCGGCCUGGCAGAUAAUCAUAAUCCAGACCUCUUAGGGCCUCCGUGUCAUUACAGCUGAACAGGGCAGCAAAAGAGCUCAGAAGAAAGAAUAUCAUCCCCUUAGUGCCAAUUUCUAAGUUGGAUUGAUUGGAAUUAUUACAACAUGACUGGCACUGAGAUAGAAACCUAAAUCACAAUUACAAAGAUGCUGAAAUAAAAG